CAGCUAAAGUGAACAAAGGAUUAAAGUGUGCUGAGCACCACCGCCGUGAUUUGCAUCCCAGAGCCCCUUCCCACGGGCCCCCUCUGCUCCUGGCCUUUUUUUUUUGGCUGUGAGCCAGCCGGCGUAAGAGCCCUGUUUACAGAAGUGAUGCCUACGUUAAUAUUGCAAAAGACUUCAUCAAAGCUUUUAGUCGCUACUGAAGCAGAAGUAUCUAACCGUGGGCCAUGAGCUGACCGGGCUGCGGCACAGGGGAUGAGCCGCCCGCGCAGCCGCGCGCUUCCUACCCUUCGUUCGACCAACUCUGGUCUCGGCCUGAGCACGAAGACUGAGUGACCUUAGCAAUUGCCAGCAAGGGGACUCCACAUGAUGAAAGCAGGAUCCUGCAGUGAGAAGGAAGGGAGGUGCUAGAAGAAAUGCAGAGCAAGAAGCCCAGAAUGCCAGCUGCAAAAGCAGGCUAGCUUAAGAGGAGGAAGAAGAAGCCACCAUGUCCCAAGGAGGAGCAGCAGCACGCAAAGCUGCUGAGCCCCAGGACCGGGGGUGGGCGUGGAUGGUCCUGCUCGCUGCAGUGCUGCUCCAGGGGCUGACGCUGGGCUUCCCCUCCUGCAUCGGUGUUGUCUUCAUGGACCUCCAGCAUGAGUUCCAGGCCAGCAAUAGCGAGACGUCGUGGUUCCCAUCCAUCAUGGUGGCCGUGCUGUACGGAGGCGGGCCCCUCUGCAGCAUCUUGGUGAAGCGAUUUGGCUGCAGGUUUGUGGUGAUGCUGGGAGGCCUGCUCAGCAGCGUGGGCAUGGUGUCCAGCUCCUUCUGCAAGUCCAUCAGCCAGCUUUACUUAACAGCUGGCUUCAUCACUGGUCUGGGAUCUUGCUUCAGCUUCCAGGCAGGAGUGACGGUGCUGGGCUACUACUUUGUGCGGUGGCGAACGCUGGCCAAUGCCAUAGCAUCCACUGGCGUCUCUCUCGGUUUCACGCUGUGGCCGUUGCUCUCUCAGUACUUGCUGGAUGAGAUGGGCUGGAGAAACACCUUCCUCAUCUUUGGAGGAAUACUAUUGAACUGUUGUGUUUGUGGAGCCAUCAUGAGGCCAGUUCAGCUUGCGUCAGGGUCACCACUACAGUCACCCAAGCCCACAGAAGAGCCAGGGAGAACAUCAGAAGGGGCACAACUGUCCAAUGGAGCAUCUUCUCCCCACCCCAAGCAGCAAAGCAGAAGGACUGCAUGCUUCCAGAUGCUGCAGAAGUACCUGGCUUUUGACAUCUUCUGUCAAAACAAAGGCUACCAGAUUUACACUAUUGGGGUGACCUGGAUGAUGAUGGGGUUUGUGUUACCCCAUGUCUACCUUGUGCCUUAUGCCAUCCAGAACGGGGUGGAGGAACGUAGGGCAGCCCUCCUCAUCUCCAUUAUCGGGCUCAUCAACAUCUUCAUACGCCCUUUGACAGGGCUGCUCUCAGGGCACAGAGUCUUCACGGGGAGACGCAUCUACCUGUUCAGCCUGGCUGCGCUCCUCUGCGGGCUGAGCAAUUUCAUCUGCGUCAUUUCAGCUGAGUUCAGCGUGCUCAUCAUCUACUGCAUCAUCCUCAGUAUAGCCAUGAGCGGCAUCGGGGCACUCACCUUCCAGGUGCUGAUGGAUGUGGUGGAGAUGGAAAGGUUCUCGAGUGCUCUAGGGCUCUUCACCAUCCUGGAGAGCAUCACGCUCCUCAUCGGACCCCCUCUCACAGGUCUCCUGGUCGACGUAACGAGUGAUUUCCACUGUGUCUUCUACAACUCCAGUUUCUUCCUGAUAUCAGCUGCAUUAUUUAUGGGGCUCAGCUUCUGCACUCUGGAAAAAAAGAAACGAUUGAAAGAGGCUUCAAAAGUACCUUUGGACAGUCCCUCCAGAUGUCAAUACAGUGAAAUGCCAACGGAAACACGGUCUGAGAGUCAAUCCCCUCCAGCAGUUGUGUACAUCACAAGCAUAUGAAGAGAAAGGAAAGGAGGGGGAAAAAAAACCAAAACAAAAAAGAAGAGGAAGACAAACCAUUCCGUGCCCUGUGCAAAGCUACACAAGGCCAGCACUGACGGCAGAUGGGAAAACAAGAGUCUGCUUUCCACAACCAUCGCCAUCCUUCUGCGCAGCGCUUCUGCUCUGUGGGGCCGUGUCAGACUCCACGUGAGCGAUCCAGGCCGCAGGCUGAGCCCCAAACCCAGCGCCAGCCAAAGAGCCGAAGGACAGAGAACUGCGCUCUCCUAAAGCAAACCACGGGGUAACAGCCAUGGUAACCAGCUCUGAGAGACAAAAGCUGGGGCAGUUCAAUUGGUUUAAGUCAGUGCCUUUACGAAGCCACUGGAAUGUCACAUUUCAGUUGGUAGCACUGGACAAUACGUACUAAUGGCUAUGCACAAUGGAAGCUCUUUCACAAAAAAGUGUUAUUGCCUCGUCUGAACAUGCAAUUUUGGUGCAGGCUUAUAUGAAGUUUCCUGGUCGCUUCCCAUGUCAGGGGUGGCAAGACAAACACUUUCCACAGGAAGUGUGUUAUUAUUUUCCACAUCGCUAAAUAUUAUAUGGAGGCUGCUGCACGGGUUGUAGAACUUGGCCAAGUCUCUACUAAGAUCAAGUAUUUUCUCCUAUGAGGUAUAUAUAUGAGCUCUUCACACUAAGGACAUUUUCAAAGCCUCAAAGGUUCAGCUCCAGACCAUCAAAAAGCAAAAAACCCCAAACCUUAGAGUGCCUCCUUUGUAUAACUAGUGAUACAAGUGCUUCUUGAUAUAUCAUAAACUAGGAUUCAUGGCUUGUGUAAAUACACCACUUUCCAGCAUUAUCUGCGACUUACUUUGAGGGGCAGGGGAGCACAGAAGGUGUUACUAGACCUGAGAGUAAGUGUAUGCAUCCUUAUAUGGGGCCAAAUUCAAAGCCACCAUAGCUCCCCCUUGUGUAAAUGACUUCAGCUCUUUAGUCUUAGACUCUCAGACUUAAUUACACCAGCCUUCUCAUUAUAGAGAAGUUUGCACAAGCAUAAUUUACAAAUAAAUCUGUGGGGAAAAGUAUACUGAGAAGAGGCAGUGUUACCGACUUUCAUACCCGUACAGCCUUGACUUAAGUGGCUUUUCUUGCUGCACCCCUGGGAGUUAUACUUGGCAGUACUAAGACGAGAGCUGCAUCAGCCUCUGGCCUCCCUCAGUAUCAGCCUGAGCUGCAAACUGUUUAUAUUCUGUAUCGUUCCUGAUCUGACAGAAGCCAAUAGCUCACAAAGCACUGCAGAUGAUUACAUUAGAACACUCAGAAAGAUGGAAGCGUAAAAUGGGAGUGAAAUGGAAGAAGUAACAGCUUUCAGUUCAGCUGCGGUGCUUAUCUUGAGAACCAUUCUAUCAAAUUCCUAGCUACAAAACCAGUUCUUGUAAGACAAAACAAACCAACCACACUGGAUGAAGCCACCGGGAAACUGACUCCAAGGUCUUCAGAGAUGAUAAUGGCUUCACAGCUGGCUUUUAUGGUUGAAGAGGAGGAUCAGCCUUCAAAGGGGUUCCUGCUCCCACCACUCAGUGGUAUCUGUAUUUCAGCAUUGCUCUAGGAUUACUGAACCAGUAUGCUUUGCAUUUCCUGAUCAAACACACACUUAAAUUAGAUAUGUAUGUCUCCCACUAGCCAUCUUAUCUGUCAUCACACGUGUUUAUUAACUUGUGUAAUGCUUAGAUGGUCCAUAACCACAAAGUAAACCAGGACUGGUGCUUCUCAGCCUACCGAAACAAUGGCUGCUGUAUGUUCCUAGGAAAAAGAUGGGGCUUUCCCCCGCUCAAAACAACAACGAAAAGUCCCAAACCUCUUCUAGCUAUUGCAAAUAAAACAGCUAAGCAGCUGAAUGGAUUGCCA